AGUUUAGGCAGGCAGGCAGGCAAAGAGAAUAGGAAAACGUUCAUCCCAGGGCUCGAGCGCUUACCGCUGGACGAAUCGUCACCGAGAGGGGAGGAGUCCAUCCUGCAGCAGCCUUAAAAGCAGCCUAAUCACGGAGAAAUUAAAACACACCCAAAAGAUAGAAACGCGCAACGACUCAAAGUGAAGGUCACACAUUUGUUUUUUCCCUGCGAGGGACUACUAGGGGCUCAGGACCUGCUGUUUUCUUAUGUUAUUUGGUUUUGGUUAACGGUCUUUGUAGCUGUUGACACAUAGCCUACAGCCCACUCGGCGAAUUUCACUCUCUAUACGGGCAUUUUUUCCCCCGCAUUUCAAAGGACGGUAAACAACGGAGACACCUCUGGAGAAAAUGCAGUUAUCAAUUAACGGCGUACUCUGCACUCUGACGGUGCUGCUUCUGUGGCAGGCGGAGGAGCUCGUUGAAGGGUGCAGCUGUGCCCCCGUGCACCCACAACAGGCGUUCUGCAACGCGGACGUAGUGAUCCGCGCAAAGGUGGUGGGGGAGAAGGAGGUAGAUGCUGGGAAUGAUAUCUAUGGUAACCCCAUCACCAGGAUACAGUAUGACGUCAAACAGCUCAAGAUGUAUAAGGGUCCUGACCAGGACAUUGAGGAGAUCUUCACUGCUCCAGUCUCCGCUGUGUGUGGCGUUACCUUCGAUACCAGUGGCAAGAAGGAGUACCUGAUCUCAGGCAAGGUGGAGGCAGGUGGGAAGAUGCAUGUGACCCUGUGUGACUACAUCACUCCCUGGGAGUCCAUGAGCCCCACUCAGAAGACGAGUCUGACUCAGCGCUAUCAGAUGGGCUGUGACUGCAAGAUUGUGCGCUGCCCCUCCCUGCCCUGUGCCAUCUCUGCUCCAGAGGAGUGUCUGUGGACAGACCUGAUGAUGGAGAAGCAGGUGCACGGUCGCCAAGCCAACCACUAUGCCUGCGUUAAGAGGGCCGACGGCUCCUGUUCCUGGUACCGCGGUAAUGCUCCGCCCAAGAAAGAGUUCAUGGACAUCGAGGACCCCUAGUCACUUCCUGCCACCACCCCUUCCAGCUGCCCACUGCAAAGCCUGAUUUUUAAGAAAAAUAAAUCUAAACAAUUGAGUGAAAUAUUAGGAGAAAAUAAGUUCUGUGUGAAAGGGCAAGAUGAAUAUGAUACAAAUAAAAUAUAAUGAGGCAAAGCUGAUUGAUUUGCGUGAGAUCGGUGAAAUUGUUUACUGGUUCAAAAAUACCUUGCUACUUCUCCCUUCUGUCUGCAGAUCUAAAGGGACCUGAUGUAUUCAUAGUAUGGUGAUGGCAUUCACAGGAGGUUGGUGGCACCAUAAUUGGGGAGGACUGGCUCGUUGUAAUGGCUGGAACGGAAUAAAUGAUACCAUUUCAUUGACUCCCAGACAUGAGCUGUCCUCCCCUCUGCAUCCUCCUGGGAAAUCGAUCCACAUAGCUCCCUGAAUGUUCAUUUUGUCAAAUUGCUUACACAUACUUGGUUCCUUCAGGUCAACAAACAGAAGGGUUAGAGGCUAGGGGAAGGAGCUAGACUGGCUCAGGGUGUUUGUAGCGAUUUAGGGUCAUGAGACUGGUCGAGUGAUUUUCACAUCCCCCUGAGGCUGGCGUCAGGACUGAUUCUUUAAACUAUGGGUGUCUCAAAUGGCACCCUAUUCCCUAUAGUGCACAACUUCUUUUUUWAAAUUUUUUACCAGUGCCCAAGUAGUGCACUUUAUAGGGAAUAGGAUGCCAUUUUGGACAGAACCCUUAAAGAGAAAGGUGCACUUGAUUUAACUCCUUUUGUGCACCUCCUGGGCAGAGAACUCACCUUUUGACCUACUGUAUGGAAUGGUUGCAAAAGGGAGAACUCUGCUUAACUGUCGGGCCGGGGGGGGGGG